AUGGACAGGAAAAAAUCAGCUGCGAAGCAGAUUCGACCAAGUCGAUAGGGGACCACAAAAUAAUAAUAAUAAUCCAAAAAAGCGGAACCAAAAAUGAAAAAAGCCCUGUCGUUCUAAAUUCCGAUUCCGUUUACCACGUGUGUUCGCUGUACGCGUGUGUUUGUGUGCAGCUGAUUUGCCAUGUGGGUGUGCGCCACUGAGCGGCGCUGUCGUCCAAUUUAAGUCGCCGUCUUCUUCGUCAGUGUUUGUUGUCGUCGCCUCGUUCGUCCUUGAUUUCAUUUCGUCCUCGUACAACAAGAAAAACCAGGAUCACCGCAACACGCAGUUUCCAAAUGCUUUAAAACGAUUCGGCAAACCUCUAAGGCAAAAAUGUAUACAUAUAUAUAGAAAUAACAACAAAAAAAUAAUAAAAAAAUUAUAAAAAGACAAGCAGCGAAUCAAGAACCGAAAACACCAAACAAACAAGCAAAUAAACCCAAAGUCACUGGAGGCUCGCAAAAUUUUUUACAAAUUUGCAAUACAUUUUAAGUGAGAGAGAGAAAAGGAGGAGGAAAAGGUGUUUGCGUGUGUUCGUCGUCUCAGGAUCUCUUUUUUUCCAACCCCCUCCCCCCGGAGAAACAAACUGUUGUUGGACCUUUUUCGCGCGAGAGGAGAAACCCCAUUGGAAUGGCUCUCUUGGGAGAGCGGCAGGACAUUAGGGAGCACCAGCAGUAGGAUCUGCAGUGAACAGGAAGGAGCCAGGAGUUAGGAGUUAGGAGCCAACAGGGGAGGAUCAGGAAAUAGGAAGCAGGAUAAGGAAAGCUGGAUAUUGGAAGCAAGACAAAGGAAGCUGGAUACUGGAAGCAGGACAAAGGAAGCUGGAUACUGAAAACAGGAUAUAUAGGAAACCGGAAAUACAGCCCAGGCAAUAAUAGGAAGCAUUUGAAUCGCAAGUCGAGCACUUAAUAAACCCAGGAAGCGUCAGAAAAAGCUCAGGAUCAUGAAUACCUUGGAGGAGCCAGUCCUGGCGGUGGACACGGUCGAUCCGUGUUCGCCGGGGCCUCCUAGCCUGAAGACCGUCCUCAGCGACGAUGCCUCGAACUCAUCGGUGCUGGAGGACAUCGACGUGAGCAACACGAGCAGCAGCAGCUCCAGCUCGAGCAGCUCCAGCUCCAGCUCGGGAUCCUGCUCGGGAUCGGGCACGGACACGGACACCGGCAAGGGCAGCAGCACGGUCGGCAGUCUCGAUGUGACCAGCUCCUCGAGCAUUGGAUCGGCGGCUUCCAUCUCAUCGACGGGCUCCACGGCCAUCGCCGGACCCACCGGCUGCCUGCUGGACGACUCGAACUCAUCGGGCCUGGGCCUGGUGGUGGAUGUGGACAGUGCCGGGAGCAGCCAGGAGCUGAGCAGCCACGGCGUCACCGAGCUGGACUCGCUGGAGGACUCGUGCAACGGCCUUAUGAUCAAGGAUGGGGACAAGCUAUGCAAGCUGUGCAGCUCGCGCCUUGUGAUGCCGCGCAUCCUGUCCUGCCUGCACGUGUUCUGUGAGGACUGCCUGCAGGCUGUGGUGUCGAAGGACUCGAUGGCGGCCAGCUCGCCGAACAGCUGCUCCUCAUCCUCGUUCGACGGCAGCGAGAACCAGCACCGCCUGCCCGCGCUGCUGCUCGAGUGCCCCGUUUGCAAGCAGGAGACGCCCCUGGGCCCCAAGGGGGUCAAGGGUCUGACCUGCGACUACAUCGUGACCAACAUACUGGACCUCUCCAACCUGGAGUCGGAGCACAUUGUGUGCACCUCGUGCAAGAGCAAAGAGGAGGCCAUUUCGCGGUGCAACGACUGCGCCAACUUCCUGUGCAACGGCUGCGACAAUGCCCACAAGUAUAUGCGCUGCUUCGAGAAUCACCAUGUGGUGCGAAUCGAGGACCUGACGAAGAACGUCCACGACAAGCUGAUCAUCCACAAGCCGGUGUGCUGCCGCCAGCACGUGAGCGAGAAUCUCAAGUACUACUGCUUCACCUGCCAGGUGCCCACGUGCAACGAUUGCCUGCUGAGCGAUCACAAGGGCAGCGACCAUCACUACGAGACGGCCACGGUGGCCGAGCAGGCGGUACGCGCCGAUCUCGAGCAGACACUGAGCGAGGCGCUCAAGAAGGCCGACUACUGCAACGAUGCGGGCGGCAAUCUGGGCAGUGCCCUCACAGAGCUCCAGUCGCAGCACGAUACGGUGCGCCAGCAAAUCGAGGAUGCCUACAAGAGCUACAAGCGUAUGCUCGAGUCGAUCAAGGACCAGAUGCUCAACGAGCUAGGUCGCUUGCACUCGGAUCGCGAGCUCAAGAUCAUGGACUUGAUGCAGAGCAUGGAGAACAACAUGGGCAAGCUGCAGCAGGCGGCGCAAUUCGGCCAGCGGGCCAUCGACAAGGCCAAUGCAGUGGAGUUCCUGCUGCUGAAGCCCGUGAUCAAUGCCCAGUGCUUGAAUCUCAUGGAGCAGACGCCCAAAUGCGAUGUCAACUAUCAGCUGCAGUUUGACUCCAAGCCGGAAAAGUUUGAGCAAUUCGCCAGGGAGAUGUUUGGCAAAUUUCAAACGGAUCAGAGUGACGCUAGUCCCAAGAAGCAAGCGAUGGCACAGCAGCAGCAGCAGCAGCAACAACAACAGCAGCAGCAGCAGCAACAGCAGCAGCAUCAGCAAAUGCAACAGCACCAGCACCACCAAGUGCAGCAGCAACAGGUGCAGCACCAACAGCAGCAGCAGCAGCAGCAAUUGCAGUUGCAGCAACAGCACAGCUCAAACAAUUUGAUUGUGGGCCAUCGCGGCAGCUCCUCUGUCCAGGGACGCCUCAGCUCUGCCGUAUUCAGCCCCAUCUCGCUGCCCUCCUCGCUGCAGAGUUCCUUCGAUGGCGACACUAACUCGGUGAUGACCAACUUCUCCAUGAUGGACUCACCACCGCAGCCGCCUUCGCAACAGCAAUUGCCCUCUGCCCAGCAGCAACAGCAGCAGCAGUCUCAACAGCAGCAGCAACAACAACAGCAGCAGCAGCAACAACAGCAGCAGCAGCAGCAACAACAGGCGGUGGUGUUGCAGCAGGUGCAACAACAGCAACAGAAGCACCAACAACACCAAGUGCAGCAGCAACAGCAACAGCUUCACCAGCAACCAUCGGCCCAAUCCAUGCCCCCGCAUGUGGCCCAGCUGGUUGCUCCGCAGGGCAUUGUCCAGCAGGCUGGUCAUGUCAAUCUCAACGCCGGUCCCGGCCCGAAUAUAUCCAUCAACGGCCUGGGCGCCGGUGGUCCGCCGCCCAGUUUCAGCAUGCUGGAGUACAAUAUCUCGCGACUUGCCAGCUUGACGGAAACAAUGCCGGACAGCCUCAACGAUGCCAUGGCCGUCGGAGGCGGUGCGCCUGGACCUGUCCCGAAUGUUGCCCAAGUGCCUGGUGGUUCCGUGGCCGUUGCCGGUGGAGCUGUUGUAGGCGCGCCGCAUCCGCAUCAGCAGCAACAGCAGGCCGUGAUGCCAGCAUCGGCAGUGACGCCCACGCAGCCCAUUACCCUGGCGGACAUCCUCUCGGGCGACCAGCGGGCGCUCAACAACCUGCAGGCGCUGGCCAAGCUGGGACUCAACAACAAUGACGAUGAUGAUCUUUUGUUGAACGGAUCCUCAACGGGCAUUGAUUUUUUGUCAGAUUUCUGCAUGCCGCCGGCCACAUCGCCCAGCCUGCAGUCCCUCAACCCGAUCGUGGGUGGCGUAGAGGACAUGGGACUCAAUAACUUCCAUGCCGUGGCUGCGCCGGGCACCACCAGCGUGGUCACGGGCCGCAACAAGGCCACCCCGAUGCAGAUCCGCUGCAAAUUCGGCUCCCUGGGCACCGCCAAGGGCCAGUUCAACUCGCCCCACGGAUUCUGCCUGGGUGUCGACGAGGAGAUCAUUGUGGCCGAUACGAACAACCAUCGCAUCGAGGUCUUCGACAAGAUGGGCGCCCUCAAGUUCCAGUUCGGAGUGGCGGGCAAGGAGGAGGGCCAGCUCUGGUAUCCGCGCAAGGUGGCCGUGAUGCACAACAACGGCAAGUUCGUGGUCUGCGACCGUGGAAACGAGCGCUCCCGCAUGCAGAUAUUCUCCAAGUGCGGACACUUUAUGCGCAAGAUCGCCAUUAGAUACAUUGAUAUCGUGGCGGGAUUGGCUGUCACUGCCAAGGGUCAUAUCGUGGCCGUCGAUAGCGUUUCGCCCACCGUGUUCGUGAUCUCCGAGGAGGGGGAAUUGGUCCGCUGGUUCGACUGCAGCGACUACAUGCGCGAGCCCUCCGACAUCGCUAUACGAGACAACGACUUUUACGUGUGCGAUUUCAAGGGCCAUUGUGUGGCCGUCUUCCAGGACGACGGCACAUUCCUUUAUCGCAUUGGCAACGAGAAGGUCACUUGCUUUCCCAAUGGCAUUGAUAUUUCGAAUGCCGGCGACGUGCUCAUCGGCGACUCGCACGGCAAUCGCUUCCACGUAGCCUGCUACUCCCGUGAGGGCGCCCUCCAGUCCGAGUUCGAGUGUCCCCACGUCAAGGUUUCCCGCUGCUGCGGCCUGAAGAUCACAUCCGAGGGCUAUGUGGUGACGCUGGCCAAGAACAAUCAUCAUGUUCUGGUCCUGAACACCCUCUAUGUUCACUGAUUGCAAAUCAAAGCGCGCAACAAUCGUCCAUCAGUCGAUAUGAACAAAUACAACUACAAAUACUCGUCGGGCAAGAUAUACGGGUGUCGACGGCAGCAGCAAGCAACCAGCAACAGCAAUAGCAAUAGCAAUAGCAACAGCAACAGCAAUAGCAACAGCAACAUUAACCUCUUGGCAAGGACCCAACCUCAACCUCAACACUGCAAUAGCAACAGCAACGGCAUCAGUCAAAUGUGCAACAUGAGCAACAUGAGCAACUUGAGCAACAUGAGCAACAUGAACAACAUGAGCAACAUUAGCCUCAUUUGCAACGGCAGCAACACCAGCAACAGCAACCAACAGCCGUCGACGACAACACCAUCAGUCAUGUAAUAGCAACUUUAAGCAAGAAUUAGCAGCGGUUGCAGAAAGGCAUAGCAAGCUAGCUGGAAUAACAACACUAUUACUACCAGCAAUUGCAACAAUCCAGUUAGGCGUAUAUAUAGGACAAAGUAUAUAUACAUAUGUGCUAGAAGAGGGAAAAGCAAAAUCUCGAAACACCAAAAAUCCUUUUAAACCACAAACGUUGCCGUUUCACGAGCCACAGCAACUGUAUAAACCAAUAACAAAAUGAUAAACAAAAUGCAACAAAUACUAUUUUUGAUCUCUAAUUUAAAAACAAUUAGCGCUACUACUAAAAACAAACAUCAACAAAUCUAACAAAGAAAAACAAAAAUAUUUUACUUAGUGUAACGAAUAACAACAACAAGCAAGAGGAGAAAACGAAGGAAAGUGGGAUAUUUUGAAAAUGUUUUUUAAAAACUCUUUAAAUUGUUUUUGAUUAUGCUUUUUUCAUUGAAUUUAUGUUCUUGUUAAAAAUUGUCAUACACACUCACACUCACACACACACGCCACACUCACACAAACACUACUUUACAUGUUACUUAUUAUCUAUAUAGACAUAUAUAUUGUUAUAUCGACCGAUUAGCUUUUUUGUGCAUACCCUUCCAGAAUCUUUUUCUAAAAAACAAAACAAAAAAAAACGAAACACGCAUAUAUAUAUCUACACCUAGUAUACAACAUCUAUGUAUAUCUAGCAAAAUGUGCAACUUUUGUGCACAGGUUUUUGCUAACAAAUAAGCAAAUAAGGAAGUAAAUCAUUUGUUGAGGGCGUCAUCAGAGGUCGCGUACAGGCAAUAAUUAUAGAAGAAGAUGAAAUCUAAGUAGUUUAUUUUGAUUUCGAAACUGAAACCAAAACACUAAGAUAACAAAAUUCAGAAAACAAAAACUGUUUAGGUUUUUCCUUACGCUGCUUAUAUAAGGUGAUAUCUAUUUAUAUAUAAAUCUAUAUGAAUAUAUAAAAACAAAACAAAACUAUAUAUAUCUUAAACAUAUAUGUGAAAUCCUAUGACUAUAUGACUUUGCCAUAUAAUAUACAAAGCAGGACGAGAGAGCAGUAGGGAGUUAGGCAUAGGCAUAGGGAAAGCGAAAGCGAGGGACGAAGGACGAAGGAAGAGAGGAGGCAACACACACUACACCAGAGACCGACCCAGAGAACAUACAUUCGAUAUGUAUCCAACUAAUUGCGUUCUUUACGCCAGCGAUCCAACCAGAACUACAGACAACAAACUCAACAUACAAAUUACUCUGUAAGCUAACAAACCAAACAAAUCGAAUGCGGAUCGCAUUAGGCCAACAACUAUGAUAACUAAAAACAGCAGAGAGACAACAACAAAAAGCGUUAAAAAACCUACAAACGUAUCUGUUAAGUUCUUAUAUACAUUGUUAAACGAAAAACAAAGAAAAACAAAUAUUCCUUUUGCUUAUAUACAAAAAAUAAAUGCAAUACACGUGCAUGUUAUCGACAUGCACACACCGCAACACACACAACACACCCACAACAACAACACUCACGAUUUAUAUUGACGAUAUAACGACAAACAACCAUUUAAGAUGAUAUAUAUGUACGGAUACAUGCAACAUUUCUUUCCCGUUGUAAUACAAUAUAAGGCUGGUUUACUCCCAAGACAUUAUUAUUUAUCUAUAUACAAAAUAACAUUUUUAAUUGUGUGAAUUUUAUCAUGUGAGAAACGAUAGGUAGAACAACAAAGUGGCGUUUUAUUUAGAUGAUUUAGAAGUUGGGCGAGAAAGCAAAGCGAAGCAAGCAACUUAUUUUUAUAGGCUGUAACCACAUUUAUUAUAUACAUCCACAUCAACAUCUACACUUAUGUUUACACUACACAUACUCACUUACACAACAUGCAACAUGCAGCAUGCUGCAUAUACAACGAAACGAAUCCUUUGUAUUGUGAAUAAUAUCCUAUUCGUUUUCGAUUCCUUUUCAAUGUUUUAAACAGCAGAAAUUAUGUUAAACCCAUUUUUGGCACUCGUGCUGGGAAAAGUGAAGAAAACUGUUUUAAAUCUUGUCAUUUUUUUAAUUUGUAAUCCUAGUUUAAGCAUAUACACAACACAAAACCAUGAAAAUCGCGUUUAUGUUCAUGUUAAAUCUUAAGUUGAUACUAAAUAAGCAAAUGUACCAUUAUGAAUACCCUAAAACAUUUGCUUAACCAUCAUUUACUACUGUCAUAUGUGUAAUUACAAUUAUUUUUGUUUAGUUUUUACGUUGUUACGUGUGAGGCUACACAGUUCUGUAUACCUAAUUAUAGUUUAGUUUUAGUGUAAACCUAUGAAUAACUACCACAACCAAUGUGAAACGCUUCUGUUUAUGUUAUACCACUGAAAUUAUAAACAUUAUAAUUGAUAGGAAGUACCCCAAAGUUGUUGAUCGUAGACGAGAAGGUCUUAGAAAGGGAGGAUCGAUUAUGAUUAUGUAUGAUUCUGAGCGAAAGAGAGAGAGGGUAAAAAAUGCAAUUUUUUGUGAAACAAUUUGGCUGUUGAAAUAUAUAAUUUUUAAUUUAAUUAUGUUUUUGCAUUUCGUUUACUGUAACUUAGGCCCCAAGCGAAUGUUAUACUAUGAAUUGAAUUUAUCGCGAAAUCCCUUGGAUUUCGGUUCACUUUCCUUAAACCUUUCCUCUUCCAUUUUCACAUAGAUAAUUUUAUUUUUGUCGCUGCAUUAACUACGGAAGUAUUAAGAGGAAACAUUUUGCUAAAGACAAUGAAAGCACUCAAAUGCAAAGUAUACCAAAAGAUUUGUUUUUAAUUUCUUCUCCUAAUCGUGUUUGUAUUUUUACUUUAUUGUUUUUUUUUUACUUAUGUUUCCUAAUACUUUGUCUUCGUCUUAGGCAACAGAAUUUCUGUAAAACAAAACAUAAAACCAAACUCGAAAACUGUUAUACAAAAAAAGGGAUAGACCAACAAAAAAAUACCAUUUUACAUUUGUUUAUAGUUUUUAUGGAAAGCCUUCAAAUGAAAUUGUAAUUCCACACGCUUUUAUUUUAUAAACUAAAACCGACACAUAAAGAGGUUAACAUUUAUUAUUAUCUUAAUUUGUGUUUAAUUUUUAUUUCUCUCUCUUUGUUAAAACCACAAAAUGGAAAAAGUCAAUUGUUGCUUUAAAGAAAAUUUAAAAUUUUAAUUUAAGUUGAAUAUGAAAAUGAUAUUAAGUGAAAUUGUAUAUGAUUUUUAUGCGAUGCGAUGCGAUGCGUUUAAGUAGCAAAAAAAAAAACAACUUUUCCACACCAAACACACAAACAAAAACAAAUUUAUUUCCUAUGGCAUACAAAUUUUUAAGUGAAAAACCAAAUAAACAUAAUGUGCUUAAGUUUAAAUCAAAUUUACAAUUUAGUUGAGAUUACGCAACUUAACGACGAUAACAUUUUACUAACUACGUAUGAACUAUAGGAUUUCUAGCGAAAAUAUAUAUAUAUUUACAACCUGUAUAUAUUCGUAUUAUGUAUACAGUUAUGUACGAUUAGCGAAUGGCCCAGAAAGGGGGCGUGGCCAGGAGAGGGGCGGUACUACCACUAGUCAGUGACAAACACCAAUUACUAACUACUAAUUACCAAUUACUAACCCGAACGAACUGGAAAACGAAAUGGAAACGAAACGAAACGAAACGGAAACGGAAAUAGUGAUUAGAAAUUACACGGGGCGGAACAUGGACUUUAGGACGCUUUUGGACAAAUUGCCAUUUUACAUUUACAUUUAACCAACUUAACCGACUGACGAAAUUUGACCAAGACCGCCCCCUGCCACCCCCUUCUCCGCCCCCGCCACCCACUGCGCUUUAAUUUUCAAGGCCGAAAGCUGCAACAAGCAAUAAAAACCACAAAUGUUAAAAUGAAAACGAAAACGAAAAAUGUAACGAAACUAAUCGUGUGAGGAAUGAGAUAUUUUCUUAGUUGCCUACUGUUUAUAAUGUGACAAAGUGAAAGCUUUCCACCUCAACUCUUUACAUCUAUAUUAUAUAUCUACGUAUAUCGAAAUCACAUGUACUGUAUUCAAAUAUAUAUAUUAAUUUUCGAUUCGUAUUCCCAGUACUUUAUGGUUUUUACUUUACUUUGAUCUACUCAGCGAAAGUGCAAGUGAAUGUGGAGAAGAUCCAAACAUAUUGUGUACAACUAAUUAGGAAAUACUUAACUUUACACAUGUUUCUCAAUCACUUGAUAUAUAGUUACUUUAAUUCCUAAUCGACACGCAUAUUACAUUAUAUAGCUAUGUAUACCUACCUAUAUAUAGUCGAAAAAUUGGCAAGAUCAAAGCGAGAAAUCAAGCGAACGAAGGACACGAACCUUUUAAUAAAGAUGCUGCCAAAGAUUUUUAUACAAUCGAUGUGGAAAAUUAGAAGAGAUGAGAGAGGAGUUAUUACAAAGUAAAAUAUUACGUAUUGUCCACCUUAUUUUUACGUUUAUUAUUUGAUUAGUUCAAUUAAGUGUAUUAAUUUUGUUCUGUUUUUCUGUGGUAAAAAUAAAUGAAUUGGAAAACAAAAGCGAGAGAUAUUUUUGAGACUUUUGCUCAAAAGAAAACCAAAAAUGUAAAUGUAAAGCAGCGCUAUUAACGGAAACUAAUUAACGAUAUCGAUAUAGUACAGUAUUUCCAGCUGGAUUUGUUACAUAAUUUGUUCCUCGAUGCGACGCUUAAGAAAAAACCAAACAGAUUCGUGCGGAUAUAGGACAUAUAACACUAUACAUAUACGAUAUACAUAUUGAAAGUGAGGAUAUAUAUAUAGAGUCGGGUACACGUGCAGGGGUAUUCACAUCAGUCAAGGUCGAUGGUUUAGUUAACUACACACCACUACACACCACAACACACCACACACUGCUACACACAAUGCCUCCUGAGCCACCAGCCACCCAGAAAGCGCCCACAAAACGCCCACUACGCCCACAAACACCCACCCCGCCCCUCAUGGUUUGCCCAUUUAGUAGUUUGUGCGUCUUGCAUCAUAAUUGCAUUUAGUUAAAUUCCGAGACAAGAGCCACAAGUAACAUAAAUCGAACGUAAAACAAACAAACAAAAACAAAAGAAAAACCAACCCAAACAAACGCUUUAUACAUCAAAUUAUUUUAAUAUAAAUGUAUAACAAAACAUAUAUCUAUAUAUACAUAUACAAGCAGACAUAUACAAAACGACAACAAAUAUAUUAUGUAUUUUAUUUAAAGCGAGAAAACAUUUUUUAAGGAGGUCUCUCUGGUCCAGAGAACCCAUUCAGAUAAAGGAACUCAACCUAUAAGACAGUCCCCGUUAAAAAAGAGGAGACGUGCGAGGAAAACAAAAACAAAAACAAAAACAAAAAACAAAACAAAUUUACUAAAUUAUUUAUACAUGCGUACAUAUACUUACAUAUAUGUAAAACAAUAAUUGAUAGAAACCAAAACAACAGAAAUACAAUCUAGUGUACGUCAAUUUUUUGAUGAUAUUUUUCGCCUUAUUAUAGACAAACAAAAAGAAAUCGAUGGAAAACCAAUUCGAAGUAAAGUUAGUUGAAACCGGGGGGUUAUUAUCCCCGGCUUCCAGUAGGAAUACCAAGAAAGAACACUUUUUAAUAAAAGCAGAACAAUUUUUUGGGAUUUAUUUGCGGAGAUCACAUGUCAAGUUGACAACAAGAAAAUGAACACUAAACGACAAGCAAUCAAUUACCAAAAAGAAUUAUAUAUAUAUUAUACGGAUAAAUCAUUAAUAACAUUAAGCGAUGGAAACUGAACGAAAAAAAACAAAAAACCAACAAUAUGUAAUCAAAAGCAAGUUUACAAUACACACACGACACUCUAAAAACCAAACAUUAUCAAAAUAAAAAAAACAACUGGAAACUCAAAGCAAGCAAAUCAAUUAAACACGUUUCUAAAUCGAUCUAAAAACAUUUUAAAUCUAACAGAAAACCAUGAAAACUAGCCCCAAAAUUUGAUUUGCCUGCUAUAAGUAAUGGAGAAAACAAACAAGUUCCUCAACUUUAUGAUUUAUGAUUUAUGAAUUUACAUUUAAUUUUCGUUUAAUCCUUAAUUUAUUUCUUGUAAUAUCUUAACUCACGAAACAAUUGUUGAUAAUAUUGAGUUGUGUUCAGCCUAUGUGAAUUAUGUGAACGAUAUAUUUAUAUGUAGGUCAAAUAAUAUAGAACACCAGGGAUCAAAAAGUACUCCCCCUACUUUGUGAAAACCCCAACAAAUAAAAAAUGAGCCGAAAAGAAUUUAAAAACAAUAUACUGAACAUUAUCGCCUUUGUUUUUCCUUGGUUCUUACACAUCAUACAUUUUGGUACCACUCAGGCUUUGUAUCUGUAUCUUGCCUAAAAUCUCUGUUCAGAUAUUGCAUUUAAGUCAUCGACCAUUUAACGCUUUCCGCUUGAACUUAAUGUUUAGAAAAUAUAAAAAAAUAUGUAGAAACCAAUAAGAGAGGCUAAAAAGUAAAAACUCCCUGGUCGAGUUGUUGUGUUAAAUUUGCGUACAUAUCACUGGGAAUUAUUUACACUAUGCUACAAAAACGAAAAACUAAAAACGAAAAAGGGAAAACCAAAAUGAAAAUGAAAGUAAGAGAUUUUUUGCAUAAUGUUUACACACUAUGCCGAUAUUUAUACACCACAAUGGGGAUAGGUUUGUCGAUUUGGUUCCACACCCCUGGUUUUCUUCGAUCGAUUGUUGCUCACCUUUUUUGUCAGUGUGUGUGUCUUGUGCGUGCGAAUGAGUGUGUAGUGUUUUUGAAUAUAUAUCUAAGCGCAUAUGUCUUAUAGAGGAAACCACACAGAAACUAAAACUAUAGUGCCAUGAUUUACGAUAGAAAACGAAAACGGAUUAGAGUAAGAAAGCGAAAAGGAUAAAUUGUUUAUUGAUGUGCUGUAACAUUUAGUGAGUCCUUUUUUGACAACCGACAAAACCAAGUAACAAACGAAACAAAAAAUAUUAUAUACAUACAUAUUUACUAGUUUAUAGCGAAAAAUCAAGUUAGAAUCAACAAAUUGCAAUACAAACCGAAAACGAAAACGAACAUGAAAUCGAAAACGAAAUAGGAAUAAAAGCUUUUCGUGUUUGGGCCAGAAGGAAGCUAUGUACGUAUAUCUACGAUAGGAUCGGAUCGAAAUGGAAAUGGAAAUAUUAGGAGGAGCUAAGCGGCAGGAUACCAUAUGAAAACAGAAGCAAUUAGAAAGCUUUUAUUUUUCUAGAAUUUUAAUACCAAAACCGAACAACAAGGAAACCAGAAACUAAGCUAAUGAACAAGAAAACCAACUUCCUAAUUUCUCUCAGCGCAAAACAAAACAAAAAGCAACAAUUUAAAUUAACAAAUACAUAAACUAACUAGUAGCAUACGAAAUGGCAUGGGAAAUGGCAUACCAAAGACAAUUGGGUAUCAAUAUACUAGUUGUAGAACCAUAGAGCAAUAAUAUUAUAGCAACUAAUGCCGAGUGAAACAAUUUGAGAACUCAAAUUGUCUCUGGGGUUGUUCGCAAUGUAAGAAAACCGUUCAACAUGUGGCAUACCCCAAAAGACCCAACAUUUUUAUGUGUAGCGAUAUUAUGGAAAACAAAAUUUACACAACUAACAAUAACAACACAUUUAUACAUAGCUCGAUAAUAACAAAAUAUAUAUAUAUAUGUAUAUUCGAAUUAAGAUAUGACCAAAAACAAAACCAAUAGAAACCGAAAACUUUUGCGCGCCUUGGCAAAUUUUUAAGUAAUAUAUAUAGUAUAACAAAAGAAAACGAAGAAACUAAAUGUAGAUACCAAUUUAGAGGGCAGGAAAAUCCAGAUCGGAGCGAGCUACACUGCAAGAAACUUUGCCACACCACUAAAAUCACACACACACACACACACACACACACGAAACGCAUAAAUUAGACAACGAUGUAUUGGAAAAAGAAUAAUGAAAGUGAAAAACGUAAAAUGUAAAAUGUAAACGGUGUGUGGGCAGCAUGGAUAAGGCCCUCGGGAUCCUCCAAAAUACGCAUAGAUUAUCCAAUCCCUAUAGAGAUCAAAUAAUCGACAUUUCAAGCAAACGUAAUGCAAACCCAAUAAACAUUAACGAACAAAUUCCCUGUGUUGUCAAAUGGCUUUAAACAAACGAGAAACCAAAUGAAUAAUGGAAAACCAAAACCAAAACCAAAACCAAAACCAGAUACAGAUACGAUUUGUAAUCCAUAAGCAGAUAUUUUGUAAGGUAGCGAAGUUUGCAAAAACAUUUUUGGGGUCGAGUGCAGGAACACAACAACAAUAUUUUUGGGCACCAAAUAUACAGUCAACUUAUUGUAUUGCAUUACGAUUACGAUUACGAUUACGAUAUUUAUACAUAUACUACCUAUAUAGGACUACGGAUGAUAAAAAUCAAUUGGAUGAAUAUGAUAAUGAAAAAUACGGUUUUCCAGCAGAUCGAAGACGAAGAAAACGAUAGCAAAACCAAAAAACAUACAAACAUAUUACCAUUAGAAUGUUUUAUGAAUUAUAUACACCUUAUAUACAUGAUAUAUACAUGACAUAUACAUGUGUACUUUAGCCUAAACGAUAAGAUGUUGAAUGAAUUUUAUGUGAGUUAUUUUUGAUGUUGUAUAGUUAAAAACGAAAACGAAAACGAAAAACAAACCAUUAACAAACCAAAACAAUCUCCCUUUAAGCAACCAAAGCGAAAAACAAACAAUUGUUGGGCAUUUUAAUUAAACUAAAAAAAUACAGAGUGCAAUACAAUAAAAAAAUACAAAAAAAAAGUAAAAACCAUGUAAGAGAAAGGGCAAACUCAAGGCACAGCAAACAUUUUUUCGAGCAGAUCGAACCGAUAUAUGUUUACCCAAACUAUUCAACAGGAUUUUUGAACUUUCUUUGAGAAUAGAAAAACAAAACUAAAAGAAGCUGCCUCAAAAGUAAAAAUUGAAUUAACUUAAAAUUUACUAAGCAAAUAUAUAUACACAUAUAUAUUUCAUAUGGACAGUGGGCGCCAAAAGUAGCCACUGUGGAUAUAUUUAAACUCGAACAAAUGGAAUUUUACCAAGCAAAAAACCAAAAAACCAAAAAACCAAAAAACAAAUAACGAAGAAGCUAAACUAAAAAAGAACACCAAAACACAAAUGAUUUAAACAAAUUUACAUCAUACAUAAGUAUUUGUAUCUUCGUUUUUUUUUGUAGGGCAGCAUUUAGUUAAUAGCACAAGGGUUAAAGGGCAAACACCAAUAAUUAAAGAAAUUAAUGUAAAAGAAAAAAACAAAAGCAUAUGUAAAUGUUCCUCUAGAACCAAGCUAACUGUUCUUCUAUCCACAUCUAACCCUUGUGACCUUCGAACUUCGAACUUCGACCUUCUCACUUGACUCUGAUUUGUGCUAGGUAAACUUUACACAUACAAUAUACAUAAUAUAUAUAUAGCGAACGGGAAGGCGCAGAUUUAAACUAUUUACAUACUUAUAACUAUGUGAACUACAGAAACCAACUUAUACCAUUUUUGCUGACUGUACUCCUUAGGCUUUUUACACCUUUUACCAUUUUACUCGCAAAUGGCAGACUAUUUAACGAACGAUAAGUAAACUCUUGCAUGCCACACACUCAACUCAACUCAACUCAACUCUACUCAAAACUCAAAACUCAAAACACACGACACUCUAGACCUAAUCCAGGCAGAGAUAUAUGUAUAUUCGGAUAUGGUAGAUGACAUGAUAUGAUAGAUGAUUCCCUGACGGCACCCUAUACAUAAAUGCCUCGAGAAUAAGUUUCAAUUGUUGCUGUCCCGGGAUCAGAAUCAGGAUCAGAUCGGGUCUAUAUGGUCUAUAUAGACCCGAUCCAAUAGCCCCCCACAACUCCAUUGCCCCUUCAGAGAAACCCCCUCCCGCCUGUGAUAGUCUUAAAUCAAUGAUAUAACUAAUUUAUUUGAUUUUGGAAACCCCUUCUCUUGAUUAGUUUUGGCGCGCGUGUGUGUGUUUGGCUUUGAUAUGCUUUACAUACGUAUUAAAUAAUUUUUAAAAUAUACAAAUUAGCGUUUACAAAUAUUAUACAAAUUUUGAGAAUUUAAUGAAGAGAGUAAAAGAAAUAAUGACAAUAUUCAUUUGUUGAGCCGAAGUCCCCAAAAACCCUAGAUAUAUCCCUCUGUUGUGUAUAACAAAUUGUUUCAGCGAUUUUUUUACAUUAGUUAAAAACAAAUGCUUUCUUGAACUUAAAAUUCACACGGUAAUAACCCUUAACAUAUCUUUUUGUUACGUUACUUGAAUUGAAAACGUACUUGUUUGAGCAAUUUUUUCGCUAUAGUUCAAAACUAGAUACAAAAAUUGCCAGGUCCGAAGAAAACAUUUUUUGGUGACCCCGAAUAGCCAACAUUAAAAAAACGUUAGACAUAUCCUUGUUUUUUUAUUUAAUUAAUUGGCAAAAUAGUUAAAGAUAUUUUUUAAAUGGUUUUUAAAACGCCACCUGCUUGUGACCCCGUUAACUGAGUUUGGUGACCCCGAUAUCCCUACAGCAAAGGAAUAACGAAUACACACAUGCAUACACUGAGCGAACUUUUGAACCAAUUAUACAAUAAAGCAUUAUAAGAACAAAUAUAGCAUUCUAAAUGGUAACUGUACCUUUAACGAAACUCAAUCGACGGAUAACUAUGGAGUAUUGAUUUGGAUUCUGAUUUGGACUUGAAUUUCGAUUCACUCUUUCAGCAAUCUUCAUCGAAUAUCGAUUUUCGAGCUGACAAUAUUUUAUUGAAUAUUGUGCCAUGAAGCGAGUGAACUAUAUUCAAUUGAAUUUUUAGCAUUGAGCAAUCCCCCUAGAGAAAUCCUGAUUUUGUAAUUUUUUUGCAAAAAUGGUUUCAUUUAACAAUUAUAUCUACACACACCAUUUUAAGGCAAAAAGUCUCUACAGAUAUUUUUGUAUAUUUAACAAGCACGUGAGAAAUUUAAAGAAUCCCCCUAAAAAAUUUGGUCCGAAUUUUUUCAGGCAGCAAAACCAAACCAUGACAAAUGAAUUGUAUUAUCAAGGAACGAUAUAUAUAAAUAUAUAUAUACAUAAAUAGUGUGUGUAAUAACUAGAAUCACAUAAUUCCAUCCACUUUUGAUAUUUUAACAAAUGAUAAAAAAAAAGAAAACGAGCAAAAAGAAAAAAAAUAUUUAUUAACUUGAUGAAGCAUCUUAAGUGUUUGAAUGUUGUCUUAUAAAAAUAACAAAAACAAAUUAUAUGAAAAUAUAUUAUAUAUACGGAUAUGUAAAUUAAGGGCGUGUCAUUCCUACAACAAGAAGAAAACACAAUAAAUACGAUCGAAAGGAGAGCAGUAGGAAAGUAGGAUGUGGGUAGAAUAAACAUUUAUUUCGUUGUGCUUUUUACACGAAAAUGUUGAAAGUCUUUUCCCCAUCCCAAGGGUUCAAUUGAUUUUUCUAAGGCCUGGUACAAAAGUUUCUAUACAUAGGGCUCAACCUCCUAGGCACCGCACCCUCCAACACUCGCCCAAUAAUUAUCGAACACCCCCAAGCUGGGGAUACUUUCUGCCUCCCCGCGAAGGACGAAGCUUCACACACUCACUCACUUGGAUAUUUAUAUACAUAUAUAUACGUAUGACUAUAUAACAUAGUGGCACCAAGAAAUAUGUAAUGUCUUAUUGUAGAAAACGGUUAUUGAUAUUUACACAUCAAGAAGAAAGUGGAAAAAACCAACAAAAAACCAACAAAAAACCAAAAACAACAAAAAAAUAAUUAAAUAAAAAAAAUAUACUUACCUAUGUAAGAAUGCUUUAAAUUAUACUCAGAACAAAAUAUAUACAAUAUACACUUAUAUAUAUUUACGAGAUACGAGAAACCGAAAUCAGUUAGGAACCUUUUUCUAGAAUGUUAUGUCUUCCCUUUGAAUCAAUUAAGCAACAAAGCAAGAAAACAACAAAAUGAUAGAUACAAUUGAUCGAAACCGCUUGACCAAAACUAUAGUAAAACCAAAAGCAAUUGAGAGGUAAAUCAAAGCUUCGAGGAACCGAAAACCUAAAAGUUAACUUUAGCACUGCAGCAGCCAAAAAAAUAAAUAAAAAUAAAUAAAAAAUAAAUAAGAACAAGAAAACGUUGACAAGCUACAAUAAGAUGAGAAAGUUAUAGAAAGUUCUCCUUUUGACAACUCCAACCUAAAAACUCACGCAGAACAACCUGUUUCAGCCAGCCACAAAUUUACCUACGUACUAAACUUGGUAACUAAACUAAAACCAAACCAAAACUACAACUACAACUAACGGUACUUAUAGACCCUAAACUUAUACUAUAGUUUGCAGCAAUUCAACUCGAACUACAACUCAACUCAACUCAACUCAACUCAAGACACUACCUAUAAGCAUUGGACCGCAGGGUUCCAUCAUCUGUUGAUCGUUUUUCGUUUACCACGAGCGGAGCAUCGUAAUUCUAAUUAUGUAUAAUUAUUAUAUCCAACUAAUGACGUAACAAAUUUGACAAAUUAUAUAUACACACAUAUGCCUAUAUGUAUACAUACCUUUAAAGAGUAUAACAACAAAAAGAACAACAAAUGAAAAAUGAAAAAUGAAAAACGAAAGUGAAAAAUGUAAAUGAGGAAAAUCGCAGACUACUCAGUGCAACAGAUAAGACUAGAAAUUGAUUACCUGAACCUUGAGAACAAAAGCUUGAGUUUUCUUUUACUUUACACAAAACGAACAAAGAAUAAGGAAAAUCGAUAGGAGCGAAUCAAUUACAGAAGCAAUAACAAUUGACAGAAUCGAGAAUUCGAGAAUUCGAGAAUUCGAGAAUCGAGAUACAACUUUUACCCAGGACAACAAACGGAAUCAGCAAUAAAUUCAAGAAAUCAGUCAACAGAUUAGAUAUAUUACUCGCAUACACAUCUAGAAUCCUUGCCAGAAAUCCGAAAAGUAUAAAGUUCAUACUUCCAAUUUUCUCCUUUUAUUCGGUAAAUAGUUCAGGGAUUACGGGAAGAGAACAAUUAGUGGAGAAUUAUGUCGGUUUCCGAACAAUUUCAUAAUAGUUUCGGUAAGCUUUUUAGGCACUCGCGGAAAAAUGGUCCUACUUUUUCAAAAGUUAUGUUAAAAAACUAUAUAUAACAAAAAGAUAUUCAGUAUAAUGGAUUUUUAGAAUACUUUUUUGUGAUCCUAAGUGAUUUCGAGUUUUUUUUUUAUUACAUUUAUUUACCAUUUAGGCUUUUAUUCUGAGUGUAGCACCCGUAGAGCAAUUUUCACUCGGCUUUUUAUGGACACCGGUAUCUGUCCUCUUGCUUCCCCUCCAACUUCUUUACAUGGUUGUGAACGAAAAAAGGGAUAACAAGUUAGACCAAUUCCUCAAUUUUAAUUUGUAUCUCAGCCAACUCGGUCGCACUUAACCGUAGGACACUCCAAAAAAUAAAAAAAAACUAAAAAACUAAAAAACGAUAAAACAAAACAAUUGUUAGGAAAUCGAUUCGUGUGCCCUCCUUUAAUGUCUUGUACUUGUAACCAAUGAUCAUAAUUAUACACAUAUAUCGACUAUAUUUACAAGCAACAAUAACCGAAACCAAUUGUAUUGUAGUGCUAAAUCGGAUGUAGGGACGCGAAACAAUUUUCCAGGACGUGGAUAUGUCUUAGAUACUUUGCUCAUUGAGUUCUAAUCGCGUAAGUGUAGCAGAAACCAAAUAUUUAAACCUAAAUAUAGCUAAUUGUGUGUAUUUACAUAUUAAAGUUUACAACAGCAAGCGACAGAGAGAUAGAGAGAGAUAGAAAGAGGGGGAGAGUUAUGUCCUGUAGAAUUUUUGAAAGCGUUUUCGUAUUCAAACCAACAACACAAAUUAUGGCCUAAAUAUGAAACUAGAACAAAAUAUAUACCUUUAUGUAUACAUAUGAAUUGUACUUCAAAUUAUGUCUAAAGCAAGCAACAACAACAACAACAAUUACAAGUGUCUGUAUUUUUUUUAAGCAAAUGAAAUAAGAUUAAAACCCAUUGCAAUCAGGUACUGAAAUCAAAAUUUUUGUAAAUUAUAUAAAAAGCAAGGAAAGGUUUUCGCCGAAGGGAUAAAACAAACUAGAAAAAAAACACAAUAUCAGAGGAUAUUAUGAUAUAUGGUUUAUAGGAACUAGGGUUAAAAAGCGGGGAGUAUUCGAUCCUUAUUCGUUUAUUCGAACAUUCUGUAGCAUACUUAGCAGGGCAGAAACAGAAACGGAAAUCACGACACAAGGAAAACCCAAAACACUCAUAUUUAAAUACGUACAGCUAAAUAUACUAAUCUAGUUGUAACAUAAUGUCACUAAGUAGAUGCGAAAUCGGAGGAAAAUCGACGGCGAAGAUGAAAAAUUGUCCAGACGUUCAACGAAACCAAAUGCAAUUUUUAAUUAUACAACAAACUAACAUAACAAACAAGCGAGUAAUAUAUAUAUAAAUAUAUUUUACAAUUGAUUUAUAUAACGUAUAAGUAAAUGCCACAUCAUUUUCGUGUAAAGCCUAUUGAAUUGUUUGUUAAACAUUUUUUGAAACAUUUUCUUUAUGAAAUAAAAAUAAAAACAAAAACAAAAAUGAAAAUAAAAAUGGGCAAAAAUACAAAAACCCAGCUCACACAAAGUUACGCCAAAAAUAAAACAAAGAAAAAUCAGAACAAAAAAAAUUUAUAUACAUUUAUCGAAGGAAAGAUAUAUACAAGAAAGAUACAUUUUAGUAAUUAUUAUAAGCAAAGACCAAAAUGAAAUAUUACAUUUUUGAAAAUAAUAACUCAAAUGUGGAGGAAAUGACAUCAACACUUAAAUAAACCCAACCAAACUAACAACAAAUAGCCUUAACGACACGCGAUUUUCAAAGAUCUCGAAAAGUUUUUAUAUUUUGCGUUGUACUUUCCCCUUUGUUGUUUAAAAUACGAUCUAAUACGAAAUUGAAAUUGAAGUUGACGAGUAACGAACAUAUUUUUACGAAACAAAACCGAAGAUAUAAAAAAACUAAAACUAAAAUGCAUAACGCUUCCGACAAUAAGCUUUGGCCACACUAUUGUAAUAAUAAUACUGAAUUGAAAAACGGUAGAAAUGGGAAAAUCGAAGAUGCAAUCGCAAAUGCAUGGAGUUUUUGCACUAUCGAACGAAAACGGAGAACGGAAUUUCAACGCCCAAUGACAAAAUAGAAAACAAAAAUCUUUGCCCAAUUUAGUCUACAGAUAUAUAGAUAAAAUACCUAUGUACUUAUGUAGUAGCCUUGUUCUACUCUAUAUAUUUUUAAACGGAGUUGUAUUGCAGAAUCAGCAAAGCAAAUGUAUUUUCAUGACACGCAUUUGAAGCGAACAUAUCAAAACCGAAUACCGAAUACGAAAAUACGAAAUUAUCUAGAAAUUACCGAUGCCGUUUACCGAUUACCGAUUACCGAUUGGAUGUUAUCUUAUCGAUUAGCCCUUAAAGCGAAGAACUACGAAAAUAACCACAUAUUUGGAAGCUGGCAGAUAAACUAGGUUCGGGUAGGUGUCUUGAAAAAUAUUCGCAAAAGGAAAAAAGCAAAAAAAAUACGAGUUCUUAAGCUGUUUCAUCAUUUAUUAUUGAAAAAUAUUUACAAGCGCAUUUAGGACGCGAAAUGUGAAGAAUAAUAUGCAAUUGAAGCCAUAACAAGAGAAAAAUACCAAAAAUGAUCUACCAGUUAUACCAAAUCGAAUGGAAGAUGAUAAAAAAAAUAUUAUAAAAGAAAAAAACACACAAAACUGAAUCUAAAUUAAGCAUAAAUAUUUUUUGCUGUGUCUUAGUCCAUGUGUCGUAACGAAUUUAUUGAACUAAAUAUUAUACAUUAUUAAAAUUAAAAAAAAAAAA